UCUGUCCCUCUUCCGUGCCAGCGUAUCCUCAAUCUUCUACAGCUGCUGCAGGCAGACUCAUCAUGUGGACCCUUGCAGCCCUCCUGCUUCUAGCUCCAAGCAGUGGGCAAGCUGCUACUCUGGAGAAGCCCGUAUUGUCUCUACAGCCACCUUGGACUACAAUCUUCAAGGGCGAGAGAGUAACGCUGCGCUGUGAUGGAUACCACCCUCUUCUGCUCGAGCUCCGACCCAUUAGCACUCUCUGGUAUUUGGGCCAUGUCCUCCUGCCUUCCCACCAGAAGAGCAUUGAGGUACAGACACCAGGGGUGUAUCGAUGUCAAACACGGGGAGCACCCGUCAGUGACCCCAUCCACCUCUCUGUGUCUAAUGACUGGCUAAUUCUGCAAGUACCUUACGCUGCUGUGUUCGAGGGAGAACCCCUGGUGAUGCGCUGCCGUGGCUGGUACGACAAAAUCGUCUACAAACUUCACUACUACCACGAUGGCCAGGCCGUGAGAUACUUCCAUUCUAGUACCAACUACACGGUGUUACAGGCACGAGCUAGUGACAGCGGUCACUACCAGUGCUCAGGCACCAUGCGCAUCCCAGUGGAGAGUGCGCCCAUGUUCUCCUCCAAGGUGGCUGUCACUGUGCAAGAACUGUUCCAAACACCCGUACUCAGGACGCUGAGCCCGCAGGAGGCCCGCGGUCGCGUGGUACUGCGCUGCGAGACGCGCCUGCACCCGCAGAAGCGGGACACGCCACUGCAGUUUGCUUUUUACAAGUACAGCCGGCCAGUCCGCCGCUUCGACUGGGGCGCCGAGUACGUGGUUCCUGAGCCCGAGGUCGAGGAGCUCGAAUCGUACUGGUGCGAGGCCGCCACCACUACUCGAAGUGUCCGAAAACGCAGCCCCUGGCUGCAGCUCCCCGGAAGGGGCGCUGCCCUGGAUCUGGCGUCUACCACUGCUCCGGUCCCGGCUGCAGCCUUAGCCCCCGGGGAUAAGCCGCUUUCCUUCCGGAAGACCCCGGUGUCCAGAUCUGUCCCCUCAGUCACUUCCUACCCGAAUAGCACCUUUGCGGGUCUGCCAUUGGCUGCGGGCCACGUCCCCACUGCCGGGCCACAUGUCUGCGCACCUCUGUCCACGUCGGUGGAACAGUCCCGCGAAACUCUGCAGCCCAAGGUGGACCUCCUGCUUCGUGAGAUGCAGCUACUCAAAGGCCUUCUGAGCCGCGUGGUUUUGGGAUUAAAGGACCCACAGGCCCUCCGCGAUCUUACAGAGACCCCCAAGACACCCAGUUCUCACGUUUCUGUGAGCCCCGGAACCCCAGAGACCACUGUCACGGAGGGUAGGGUGGGCAGCUAG